AUGGGUUCGAAAUUUCAAAUCAACGACAUUUCGAAUGAUAAGGUCGAUCUUGAAAUUAAGCGAGUCACAUUAACAGUACGUGACUUUCAUUUGACGCUCGUAGACGAAAUGAAAGUGAAAAUCCAGCAGUCAUCUCAAACCACUCUCAACAUUCUCCUUGCUCGCUAUUUAAUUGAGCUCGGUGAGAAUCGAGCUAGUAAACAAUAUUUCAAUCAACUUCUAGACAAUAAACAACAUCAAAAUGACUCGAAUUUAGUCGCUGUUUACAACUAUUUUGGGAUAAUCUAUUUUCGACUAGGUUUCUACGAUGAAGCAUUAGAUUCCUAUAGAAAAGUACUCGAUGUUCAAAUGCAAUUCCAAUUCUCCGAUAAUUAUGUGGGCCAAGCACACUUUAGUAUCAAUCAAUUGGACGAAGCUCAAGAGAAUCUUGAAUAA